ACUAUCAUAGAACUAAAAAAUCUUAUUUCUGGACUCGACAGCAUCAAAAUCAAUAAGAAAACUACAUGCUAAACAUAGAGCCCCUAGAGGGCAAGAACUCUCCAAUUAUGCAUAUAGAGUCCACUUCAGACACCAACUCCCAUGGCCCUUCAUUUUUGUCUCUAGCUCACCAUGUGCUAUACAACUCAAGUCAGAUGUUGAUAUACAUAUCGGUAUACAAACAAUACAAGAACCAACGGUGGGCAAGUAGUAAAAUUAGGCCUGAAUAUCUUAGGAAAAAGAUGAUGCAGCAGCAGAAAGAUAGAGAAAACAGAAGGACAGAAAAUGACAAGAGCCGGAAAAAAAAGGAAAAAGAAAAAUCAGCUAUAUACUAGAUAAUAAAAAAAAUAACUAUAACGCACUUAUCACUCGAACCUGCUCUCCUC